GGGCGAAGGGCGGAUGCUGCUGGGAGUCUGGAGCUUCACGCUGAGAGGAAAGGGAUCCGCUAGGGAGCCGCAGAUCAUCGGCAGGACUCUUCUCUCUGCUGUCUAGCAGUGUCAGUGAUGGCAUAUGUCUGCUCGGAUCCCAUGCCUGACUGGAUUUAAAGCAACACGAAAUAUGAACCGAAGAAGAAAAUAAACUCAGCAGAGGAGGCUGGUUUCCUGUGGGAAUCUGUUCAGCCUUCCUUUUUUUGUCCUUUUUUGUUUUUUUAACUGGAGGACAUGUCACUUUGGAGCAAAGCAGUAAAGGGCUAGCUGGUUGACACCCCGGCUAGUUCUACAUUUGCAGCCUUUUCAGAUGAUUGUCCAGCUGAGGAGCUAGUUUCCUUUGGACCUUCUUGGAGAAAGCAGUCAGCAUGGGGGAGCCGAGCCUGGAUGACUCCAAUGUCAAGGUGGCCGUGAGAGUCCGGCCUAUGAACAGGAGAGAAAAGGAGCUAAACACAAAAUGUGUUGUGGAAAUGGCGAAGAACCAGACGAUCCUCCAUCCUGCUGGAGCCAACUUGGGAAAGACAGACUCUCGGAAUCAGUCCAAGGUUUUUGCCUAUGAUUAUUGCUUUUGGUCCAUGGAUGAGACGGAGAAGGAAAAAUAUGCAGGUCAGGAGGUGGUGUUCCAGUGCCUUGGGGAAAGUCUUCUCCAUAACGCCUUCCAGGGUUACAACGCCUGUAUAUUCGCCUACGGACAAACUGGUUCAGGGAAGUCGUACACCAUGAUGGGCUCUGUGGACCAGCCGGGGCUGAUUCCUCGGCUCUGCAGCGCUUUGUUUGAAAGAACCAAGGAGGAGCAGCGGGAGGGAGAGAGCUUCACUGUUGAGGUUUCCUACAUGGAGAUCUACAACGAGAAGGUCCGAGAUCUGCUGGACCCAAAGGGGGGCAGACAAACCCUGAAGGUGAGGGAGCAUAAAGUGUUGGGUCCCUAUGUCGAUGGCCUGUCGCGACUGGCUGUAGCCAGCUACAAGGACAUUGAGUCUUUGAUGUCUGAGGGGAAUAAAUCUCGCACUGUAGCUGCAACAAACAUGAAUGAGGAGAGCAGUCGAUCGCACGCCGUUUUCAACAUCAUCCUCACACACACACUCAAAGACCUGAAGUCUGGGACGAGUGGGGAGAAGGUGAGUCGCUUAAGUCUGGUGGACUUGGCUGGAAGCGAACGGGCGGCGAAAACCGGAGCGGCAGGAGAGCGACUGAAGGAGGGAAGCAAUAUCAACAAGUCCCUGACUACACUUGGUCUGGUCAUUUCUGCACUAGCUGAACAAGGAACAGCCAAGAACAAGACCAAGUUUGUUCCCUACAGAGACUCUGUUCUGACUUGGCUGCUUAAGGACUGCCUGGGUGGAAACAGUCGCACAGCCAUGGUUGCAACAGUGAGCCCAGCAGCAGACAACUACGAGGAAACCCUGUCGACGCUCCGCUACGCCGACCGAGCCAAGAACAUUGUCAACCACGCCGUCGUUAACGAAGACCCCAACGCUCGUAUCAUCAGGGAGCUGCGGGAGGAAGUAGAGAAACUCCGAGUGCAGCUCACGCAGGCAGAGUCAAUGAAAGCCCCGGAGCUGAAAGAGCGCCUGGAGGAGUCUGAGAAGUUAAUCCAGGAGAUGACAUACACUUGGGAGGAGAAACUCCGAAAAACGGAGGAGAUUGCACAAGAACGUCAGAAGCAGCUGGAGAGUCUGGGAAUUUCUCUUCAGUCUUCAGGGAUCAAAGUUGGAGAUGAUAAAAGUUUUCUGGUCAACCUUAAUGCGGACCCUGCCCUUAACGAGCUGCUGGUGUACUACCUGAAGGAACACACACGGGUCGGCUCAGCAGACUCCCAAGAUAUCCAGCUGUGCGGGAUGGGUAUCCAGGCAGAGCACUGUGUCAUCGACAUUACGCCAGAGACCGCUGUCAUCCUCACCCCUUACCCUAACGCCAGGACGUGUGUUAAUGGUUCUCCAGUCACCAGUGCUUUGCAGCUUCACCAUGGAGACCGAAUCCUCUGGGGAAACAACCACUUCUUCAGAAUCACUUUGGCAAAGCGGCGUUCACGUCCAACGGAGGAAGAGGAGGGUGAGGGCGGCGUGUUGAAGAACAGCGGCAGCAGUGAGCAGCUGGACGCAGACGGCGACACGGCCAGCGAAGUCUCCAGUGAAGUCAGCUUCUCAUACGAGUUCGCUCAGACCGAGGUCAUGAUGAAAGCCCUGGGCAGCAACGACCCCAUGCAGGCGGUCCUCCAGUCUCUGGAGAGGCAGCAUGAGGAGGAGAAGCGGUCUGCGCUGGAGCGACAGAGACAGAUGUAUGAGCAGGAGCUCCAGCAGCUUCGCAAGAAGCUCAACCCAGACCGGCUGUCCUCAGGCCAGGCUGGAGGACAGACGUCUGGCCAGCAAGGACAGGGACAGCAGUCUCACUACCGCAGCAUGGAGAGGCUCAGCAUGGGAGGGAUGAGCCACUCUACCAGCGCUCAGAGCAGACUGAGGCAGUGGAGUGAGGAUAGGGAGGCUGUGUUGGUAAGGAGUCUCCGGAGGCUGAGGGAGCAGAUAGUGAGAGCAAACCUUCUGGUGCAGGAGGCGUGUUUUAUCUCAGAGGAGCUGGAGCGCCACACAGAGUACAGAGUCACCCUGCAGAUCCCCUCAGACAACCUCAACGCUAACCGCAAGAGGGACGCGGUGCUGAGUGAACCGGCUAUUCAGGUUCGGAGGCGGUGUCGGGGCAAACAGAUCUGGAGUUUGGAGAAGAUGGAGAACCGCCUGGUCGAUAUGAGGGAGCUUUACCAGGAGUGGCAGGACUAUCACCUCCAUCACCAGGACGAUCCGGUGAUGCGUUCCUACUUCAGACGAGCAGACCCGUUCUUCGACGAGCAGGAGAACCACAGCUUGAUCGGAGUCGCCAAUGUUUUCCUCUCAUGUCUUUUCUACGACGUAAAGCUGCAGUACGCCGUUCCCAUCAUCAACCAGAAGGGAGAGGUCGCUGGACGCUUGCAUGUGGAGGUGAUGAGGGUGGGAGGCGGCUUAGAGGACAACAUGGCAGGAGGAGACGACACGGACAACAACCAGGACUCUGAGUUUGAGGAUCGUAAACUGGUCUGCUCGAUCAAGAUUUUACAAGCCACUGGUCUCCCCCAGCACCUGUCCAACUUUGUCUUCUGUCAGUACUCCUUCUGGGACCAGUCUGAGCCCACCAUCGUGGCUCCUGAAGUCGAUCCUUCCUCCUCGUCCCCAAACUCCAAGGACCCGCACUGUAUGGUAGUGUUUGACAGCUGCAAGGAGCAGGCGGUGUCUGUAACGGAAGACUUUAUCGAGUAUCUUACUGAAGGAGCGGUCGCCAUUGAGGUUUAUGGACACAAACAGUCUGAUGCAGGAAGAAACCCGGCCCUGUGGGACCUCAGCAUCAUCCAGGCUAAAACACGCACACUAAGAGACAGAUGGAGUGAGGUCACACGUCGCCUGGAACUAUGGGUUCAAAUCCUGGAAAUCAAUGAGAAUGGAGACUUUGUUCCAGUGGAAGUAGUCCCGGCGAGAGACGUGAACACAGGGGGAAUCUUCCAGCUCCGGCAGGGGCAGUCGAGGCGAGUCCAAGUAGAAGUGCGUUCAGUUCAGGACUCGGGGACGAUGCCUCUGAUAGCAGAGAUCGUGCUGGCCGUGUCUGUGGGCUGCGUGGAGAUCAGAAACAGCACCGCAAACCAGGAAGGGGAUGAGAUGGACAGCUACCAGGAAAGAGAUCUGGAACGCCUGCGUCGGCAGUGGUUAGCUGCUCUCACCAAGAGACAGGAGUACCUGGACCAACACCUGCAGAGCCUGGUUAGCAAAGCAGAGAAAACAGAGGACGACAUGGAGAGGGAGGCCCAGCUGCUGGAGUGGAGGUUGACUCUCACUGAGGAGAGAAACGCUGUGAUGGUGCCCUCUGCUGGCAGCGGCAUCCCUGGAGCUCCUGCAGAAUGGGCUCCUCUGCCGGGGAUGGAAACGCACAUUCCCGUCCUCUUCCUGGACCUCAAACCAGAUGAUCUCAGCUCUCAAGAGCAGUUUGAAAUGCCCGAGGCUGGAGGUUGGGACGCCACACUGAGCGGAGAAGACGAGGAUGACUUCUUCGACCUGCAGAUUGUGAAACACUACGAUGGAGAGGUGAAAGCAGAGGCAUCAUGGGACUCCACCGUCCACGAGUGUCCUCAGCUCAGUCGGGGCGGGUCGUGGCCGGAGCAGCGCGUCUACCUGACGGUUCGGGCGGUGGUUCAGCUCAGCCACCCUGCUGACAUGCAGCUGGUUCUCAGGAAGAGGAUCUGCGUCAACGUUAACCCGGGACGCCAGGGCUUCGCCCACAACUUUCUCAGGAGAAUGUCCACCCGCAGCACCAUACCUGGCUGCGGCGUUACCUUCGAGGUGGUUUCCAACAUUCCUGGGGAUGCUCCAGGCUCAGAGGACAGGGAGAUGCUGGCUCGGCUAGCGGCAAACGCACACAACAGCCAAUCGGGAGACGACGAGGCUGCCAUUGAGAAAUACCUGCGCAGCGUGAUGAGUCUGGAAAACAUCCUGACCCUGGACAGACUCAGACAGGAAGUAGCAGUGAAGGAGCAGCUGGCGGGCAAAGGAAGGAGUAACAGGAGGAGUCUGAGCUCUCCUUCUGUUCACAGGCUGUCUGGAAGUAGGCAGGACCUGUCCACAUCCUGCCUGCUGGAUGACAAGGGUCGAUGGGAAAGCCAGCAGGAUAUCUUCAUGCCCACUCACCGCACCCUCCCUCGCCCAGCAUCGUCCCCAUCUACUUACUCUACCUCCCCCUCCUCAUCCUCUCUGCCCUUCAACAUGACCCCCCCACAGAACCAGGAACCAGAGCAAGGUCGUUUAGGACUUGCUGCCUCUUAUCUUUCAGUUAAGGCCCUCGUUCCUCAGAUGCCCAAACUACUUAAGUCUCUUUUUCCUGCGCGGGACGAGAAGAAAGAGCUCAGACCGUCGCCGCAAGGCCAGCAGCAGCACGUGCCUCGUAUUGUGACAUCAUCAGGAGGGGAUGACAGAGCAAAGCCUGAGACGGCUGUUGUCCUUCGGCCUGCUGCCAAAGACAGACGGAGCGAGUUUCCAGACGUCUCUCCUCUUCCUGUGCAUGACCUGCAUGACACCACCCCCCUAAGCCCCCUCAGCCAGUCGUCCAGCGGCUAUUUUUCCGCUAGCGUUUCUACGGUUACCCUGUCUGACGUCCUCCAACCCUCCUCGUCGUCUUCAUCCCUCCUGGGUGCCGACGCCGCAUCUCCCUCAAACCCACAGCAGCAGGGCGCUGACAGGAACGAUGUUGUGACCUCUCCUCAGUGCGGCGCCAAGAUGGCGGUCGUCGCAUCCAACCACAACAGCGCCCCUUCAGCGCUCUCCUUCUCCGACCAGAAGCUAGUCAACUCGGGAGAGGGAGACGGCUUUGAGAGGCUGGAGAUCUUUGUGGACGAGGAUGAGCGUAGUCAUGACGACGUACUGCCUGACUGGCUGACGGAAGGGGCGUAUGUGACCGUGGGAAGCAACAAGGCUGGAACUGUGCGCUACGUGGGGACGACGAGGUUUGCAGACGGCGUGUGGGUAGGCGUGGAGCUGGACACUCCAGUUGGUAAAAACGACGGCUCAGUGGGAGGUCAUCGGUAUUUCCUCUGCAAACCAGGCUACGGGGUGCUGGUCCGGCCAGACCGGCUGUCACGCCGCGAUCGGACUGCUCGCCGCACCACAGACUUUGCUCCGUCGACCCACGUCCCGGUCCUACGAGGGGAAGCCAUCAUAGCACGCAGGGGGGAGAACCGCAAGUCCUGGAGCAACUGAAACGGGAGAGAGAAACUCCCCACGGUUCAUCUUCUUCUACUCCUAAAAACCCAUCAGGCUCGGUCUGACGCCUGCUGGAAACUAAACGUAUGACUAUAAGUCAAAGAACGAGGUCGGGGCGUAAAGAGCCUGCUUAGGAAAAAUACGAGAGGAAAGGAUCCUCAGAGUGGCGCCUCCUCAGAGAUCCUCUCUGAGACGAUAUGCAGGGAUGCAAACUCCUCACUGUUUUCACCAUCCCAUCUAAAAGGGAGAAACAGCUUUUUAUAACACACUAUUAAAAAAAGCUCUGAUCUAACACCUCGCCUUGACAAACUGACAGAGAAUUAUAGGAUUUUUGUUUUUUUGUUUUUAUAGAUGAAUGAGGAAAUAAAAAUGGACAAAAAAAAAGCUUCAACUGACAAAACACUUUGAUAAGAAAUGUUUGCAUCCCUGCAUAUCCCUCUGAACCUAAUUUCCCAGAAUACACCGCCAGAACUGCCGCCCUCCUGAACUGUUUAAGGUCCGGUCCAGUUCGCAGCCUUUGGAUCAGCUGGAACUUUGGCCGUCCCUAACGGACUCCUCUCUUUCUUUUGAGGACAGAUCCUCCCAGAACGUGCCUUCGCCAUGGUCUGGUUCCUGUUCGUUUCUCUAAGAUCUGCGUUCUGUUUGCCGUGUUCAUGAAGAGAAAGCCUCGUGCAAAGUGUGAGGUGAUCUCAGGGACUGCAGAGGGUGGGGCUUUGUGUGCGUGUCAGAGCUGUAUAGUUUAUGUAAAUCUCAUGUGUUAAAAGAUGAAGGCAGGCGGUGCAGCGGGAAGAGUUGCGUCCUGGCAGGGAAAGGCCACCGGGGUGGAUAUUUUGCACUGGAGACGGUGGAGGAAGAGCUUCUGUACGUUAGCGGAACGCGAGCGCGGUUACCGGCUUCUGUUCGGGAACGUUUCUGAUGAUGCUGUCGUUUUGCUGUAAGCAUUGACAGAGAGAGGAUGUGUUUAGGAAGGAGACAGGAGGUUUCUGAAGGAUACAUCCAGCUGAUUUGAUCCUAUGCAUGCAAGUUUUAAGGAGAGGCUUGUUUUUGUGCUUGUUUUUAUUUUUUUUGUUUAUCUGACAGAAUAUGUUGGGAGGGCGUCAGCUGGUUUCUACAUUCCAGACACACCCAGUGAAGAAAAACAGGAGGCGGUGAACCUUAGGAGCUCCUAAAUUAGUUUUUAUAAUUUUAUCAAACAUUCCAGGAUGAUUUGAACCUGAACUUUGACGAAUAGGAAGAUUUUCAGGACUGUGAGGUUUUUAGGACUGUACUAGAUGGCAUCAAUUUGCAGUAGCAUUCACUUUUAAUCCAGAUGAUCCGCUUUGUCGCCAUGGAGACAGAUUGGGUCAUGGACAUGUGGUGUGUUCUCUCUGAUCCUGUGGUGUUCCUCCACAAUCACAGCUUUAGAUACAGUCUUCAUUAACAUGAUUGUCAUAUAAAUACAAAUUAACUGCAAUUAUUUAUGUUUGGCUCAAAAGAAAAUGAAUUCAAGCAUCAUCUGUAGUCGUCAUCAAACUUCUUGGGUUUUUUUCCAGCUGGAAAAUUGAUGCCAUAGAGUUUAAUGUUGACUAACGUCAGCUUAGAUGUUGGUCUAAACAACCUUUAUAAGACUGAGGGCCACUUCCUGGUUACUGAGUCGUAGGACGGGCAACCAAUACUGACCUUUGAACUGGAGGAGUCAGCAUUCAUUCAUAGAUAAUAAACAUAUUUCUAUAGUUUCUUCUCAUUUCUAACCAUUUAUUAAUUCCUAUAAAUGCUUCAGGGUUUCCGCGGGCCAUUGUUAUUUUUUAAAUUGAGGCCUGAAUUGGCAUUAAAAUUAAUUAAAUGUGUAUAUUUGGCAUUUAUAAAAACAAUUUCGUCAGAUAUAUUACAAUAUAUUUGUGCGUAGCUGCUUCCGUAUGUUCAGAAAAGAACGCAAGGUGGAGAAAAAGCAAUAAAAUGGGAAAUUUUCAACAAAAGUGGAUGAAAAUGGAGGAAUUCGGCUGGAGCCUGUUGACGGUAAAGAUGACGAAUAAAAUAUAACCACUUGUACGAAGCCUCAGACAAAUUAUAUAAAGAUGCCAAGGUUUAUGCCAAAACGUGUUGUUUUCGUGACCAUCAGCAUGAUGCUACCUCCACCAUGCUUGACAGCUGGUUUCAGAUCACGUUCAGAGCUUAACCUUGGCUCUGCAGACUGCAGCAUGUUGAUCCUGAAACAGAAAAAGCUUCUUUUCAGUUUUUAAUUAAACAACAAAGUGGUAAAAACUGCCAAAUUACAAGUUUGUUCUCCCAAUCAUUGUACUGCGGAUAAACAAUAAAUGCUUAAUUUCAAACCAAUUGACCAUCAUGCUAAUGAAUAAUGUAACUGUGGAUGAUUGAAGGUGUAGAGAGGUUUUCAGGAACACUUUGCUUGUUGAACUGUCUGCUGAAGCCGUUGGGGUUUCAUAAAGCGUCUUCUUCACUUGAGGAAAGCAUUAAGUAUUUAUGUGGGAUUUCUUGUACUUUUAUCGAAUGGGAGCAGAUGAAGCCUUUUUAUUUGAACAAUUGUUGCACAAAUGAUUGAGGGGAAUUGCUGCUAUGAGCGUUGUAAAUAUAUCCUUGUAAAUGAACUGAUGGGUUUUGUUCCUGCCGUCUGCUGGAACGGGUUUGAAUCGUUUGUGGAGCUUCGGGGUUGGCGGUCGGUUUUCCUGUAGGCGGUAUUGAGGCACUUUGAGAAGAGGAGGCGGUAGGAACGGACAUAUCUGGCUCCUUUGGACGAACGAAGAGUUUCGAUGUUAAAAUUGCAAUAACUAUGGAUGAAAUAUGUACGUCGAGGCGACAGGCUCCCACCAGACUAAGGUUUAUGUGUAGUUUAGGCAUCGGUCGGUUACCGUUACCAAGGAAGCCAUUAACCUGAUCGGUCAUCCUGCAGCAGGAUGGCUGCAGUCAGAGGGUAACACAUUACUGCCCCUCACCCACUUGUUUCUGCGCACUGAUGCUUUCAUCAUUGACGGAGAGCGAAUCAUGUUUCCCUUCACAUUAAGAAGGAUACGUUUAGCAUUUUGGAAGGAAUGUUUUCAGUCAUAUUUACUAACCAUCUAAUAUUAGCUUAAGUUACGGAUAUUCCCUGCGUUUAUUUGAGUUAUACAAAAAAAACUAUUCUGUAAGAUCAAUAAACAUUUCACUCUAGUUUUUAUAUGUUUACUAAGUCAAAAUGUUACAGCUAACAUUAAUAAAACUCUAAUUAACGUGUUUCAGCAGCAGCUUCUCUCUAUAAUUUAAAGGUGCUGGAGGAGAUCUUGGAAAAACGGUUCCAGAAAGCGAUAUUUUUGAACAUACACAACCGUGCCUCUCCCUUCAGACCAGCCCUUAAAGCCACGCCUUCAAAACACAUGACGCGCUUUCUGCCUGCAGUGCGUCUGGAGCAGCAGGAGCAGCGCUGAUGAUGCAGAACGCUAUGAUCACUCCUCUAAAACUGUUUAUUAACACCUCAAUUAAGUUAUAAAUCCCGAAAUCUGCCGGCAAAACAUGUUUGCUUUUAUUAUCUUGGUGCCUGCAGUUUGGAUUGCGUACAUAAAAAACACCUUCCAGCCGCCGCAGCAAACCGCGAAGAGGCGAUCGGGCCAUAGGCUGCUGAGGAAUGGGAUUAAUAGUGACACUGCUGGUGUACGGGGGUCUGAGCUGCUCCCACAGAAAUAAUAAUUGAAGGCAGGAUGGUAAUCUGGAUGAACUGACGAUGUUUUCAGGUGGACUUUCUCACUUCAAAGUAGAUUCAAAGUACUUUUUACCCACUGAUCACAGCAAAUAUAGCUGCC